GCGGACUAGUCAAGCACUGAAAACGUCUUCUCGGGGCUUUGACAAAGUGGCCUUCCUUCUUUGACCCGACGAACCUCCAUCUCCUUUUCUCGACUCGCUUUCUGCUUUGAAUAUUCCAACCUAUCUUCGAGGACAGGACGAUGUUUCGUCGUUGUUUCCGAACCUCUUUUAUGGGCCAAGAAAAAACCGGAAGAAUCCCUCUUCGAAUCUCCUCCUUCUUUCCGAGUUACAGCUUCUGAAAUAUCAAUCUCAGGAUAUGAUGUUAUGAGGUACAGAAUUUUGAGCACAUGGUAUGCAUUCAAAAGUAAUCUGCUAGUCUUCUCUUUUUUAAUCUAUACCUCCCCGUCCCUUUGCUGGAAAUCUUGAUGACAAUGGUUCUGAAUUGCCGACUUCUUGCUGCCAUUAUCGUUGCUCUUCUCUGGCUGCUACUUAGUUGUAGUUUGAGUUACGGUACUGAGACCGAUAUUUACUGCUUAAAAACAUUGAAGGAAUCACUUGAGGAUCCUUAUAAUUACUUGAAAUCUUCAUGGAAUUUUGACAACACAACCGAGGGCUUCAUCUGUAAAUUUACGGGGGUUGAUUGUUGGCAUCCUGAUGAGAACAGGGUUUUAAAUAUACGGCUUUCAGAUAUGGGGCUAAAGGGCCAGUUUCCUCGUAGCAUUCAGAAUUGCUCGAGCUUAACAGGGCUAGAUCUUUCUAGCAACGAACUGUUUGGAAGUAUUCCGCUAGAUAUCUACAACAUUCUAUCGUUUGUGACAUCUCUUGAUCUCUCAUCUAACAAUUUAUCGGGGGAGAUCCCUGUUAGCCUUACGAAUUGUACUUAUUUGAAUACACUUAAACUCGACCAUAACAGGUUGACUGGUCAGAUUCCUCUACAAUUUGGUCAGCUUACUCGGAUUAAGAAAUUUAGUGUGGCGAACAAUCUUUUGACAGGGCAAGUCCCUUCCUUUGCCUUUGCCAAUGUUUCAAUUCAAGCAGAUAGUUAUGCAAAUAAUCCUGGACUAUGUGGGAAACCUUUGGAUCCUUGCCAGUCAGCUCCAAAGAAGUCUCGCACUGUACUUAUUGUGGCAGCAGCAGUUGGUGGGGUGACUGUUUCAGCCUUAGGUGUGACUAUUGGUAUGUUCUUCUUGUUACGUAGAGUGUCUGUGAAGAAGAAGGACGAUGACCCUGAAGGAAACAAAUGGGCAAAGAGUUUAAAGGGAACUAAAGGCAUCAAGGUAUCCAUGUUUGAAACGUCAGUUUCGAAAAUGAGACUCAAUGAUCUCAUGAAGGCUACUAACAACUUUAGCAAAGACAAUAUCAUUGGGUCAGGAAGAACAGGAACCAUGUACAGAGCAGUCCUUGAUGAUGGCACUUCGCUUAUGGUUAAGAGGUUGCAGGAAUCUCAACACUCUGAGAAAGAAUUUUUGUCUGAAAUGGCUACCCUUGGGAGUGUAAGACACAAUAACUUGGUUCCCCUUCUAGGUUUUUGUGUGGCUAAGAAGGAGAGGCUUUUGGUUUACAAGCACAUGCCAAACGGUACCCUUUAUGAUCAACUGCAUCAUGUGGAUGAUGGUGGCAAGCUUAUGGAGUGGCCUUUGAGGCUAAAGAUUGGGAUAGGGGCAGCUAGAGCAUUAGCAUGGCUCCAUCAUAACUGCAAUCCCCGUGUUAUCCACCGAAACAUAAGCUCCAAAUGCAUCUUACUGGAUGUGGAUUUUGAGCCCAAAAUAUCUGAUUUUGGCCUUGCUAGGCUCAUGAACCCGAUUGAUACACAUAUGAGUACUUUUGUGAAUGGGGAGUUUGGGGAUUUGGGUUACGUCGCUCCUGAGUAUGCACGAACUCUGGUGGCCACUCCAAAGGGUGAUAUUUACAGCUUUGGAACUGUGCUUCUUGAGUUGGUGACUGGUGAGAGACCUACACAUGUCGCUAAAGCUCCUGAAGACUUCAAAGGAAAUUUGGUAGAAUGGAUUACGCAGCUGUCGAGCAACUCCCAACUCCAUUAUGCCAUCGAUAAAUCGUUGGUUGGGACCGGUGUGGAUGGUGAGGCUUUUCAGUUUCUUAAAGUUGCAUGUAGUUGUGUAGCAUCAAAUCCCAAGGACAGGCCUACUAUGUUUGAAGUGUACCAGCUUCUAAGAGCUAUUGGUGAACGAUACAAUUUCACAAUUGAGGAUGAGAUACUGAUGCCUUCCGACACUGGUGAUGCUGAUUACAUGGAGGAACUUAUUGUUGCUCGUGAGGUAAAGGAGAAGAAUUGAUAAGGUCUUUUGACUGACUUAUCAAAAGAAAAAAUGAUUAGUUAUGGCAGAGGUAUAUUAAUAAAUGUCUCCAUAAUCGUUACUUAAUUAUCUGUUAUACGGUGUUUAAAUGAAACAUAGUGUUACAUAUAAUUGUAAUGUGUUAGUUACUGCUUUUCUGCCAUCUGUAUUGAGGAAUUGCUAUAGUUUCAUCAUUUUGUAAUCUUCAAAUUUGUACUUUAUGGGAUCCGUAGUCUUGCAUUGUAUAUAAUUUGUUAACUAUAUUUCUCUUUGGUUUACCUAUUCUUCAAUAUUGAUGGUAA